UUCCUUUGGAAUUCAAUAAUCUUACCCGUUUGAAGUCAUUGCAAUUAAGUGGGAAUGGAUUCACCGGUCAUUUGCCAGAAGAUGUAUGCCUUGGAGGGUUACUUGAAAAAUUCGCUACUGCCUUCAAUCAUUUCUCAGGUUCAAUCCCAAAAACUUUGAGAAACUGUACUAGCUUAUUCAGGCUUAGGCUAGAUUGGAAUCAAUUAACAGGGAACAUUUCAGAGCAAUUAGGGAUAUAUCCACAUUUGGAUUAUAUGGAUUUGAGUAACAAUAGAUUCCAUGGAGAGAUUCCAUGGAAAUUGGGUCAGUGGAAAAACAUCACAAGCCUAAAAUUUUCAAACAACAAUAUCUCUGGUAGCAUACCGCUCGACCUUGGAAAUGCCACUCAAUUACAUCUGAUUGACCUUUCCUGGAAUCAUUUGCAAGGGCAAGUUCCUAAAGAAUUGGCAAAGUUGAAGCUGUUGAUCAAACUUUGUCUUAAUAACAACAAUCUUUUUGGCGUUGUUCCUUUAGAUUUCAAGCAGGUAUUCCAUUUGAGUUGGGGAAUCUACAUUUUCUACAAGUUCUGGAUCUUAGUCACAAUUUGUUGAUGGGAAAUAUACCACAACAACUUGGACAAUUAAGAACUCUAGAAGUGUUGAAUCUCUCAAAUAACAUGCUCUCUGGUUCGAUACCAACCACUUUUGAUAAUUUAUGGAGCUUGACUGUUGUGGAUAUAUCCUACAAUGAGUUAGAAGGUUCUAUUCCUGACGUUAAAGCCUUUCGUGAAGCUCCAUUUGAGGCAUAUAGAAACAAUACAGGCUUAUGUGGCAAUGCCAGUAGUUUAAAGGCUUGUACAUCUAUCAAGAGUGGUAAAACCAGUCGGGCAAAGAGAGAAAAGGUUGUUAUUGUGAUUGUACUUCCUGUUUUGGCGGCUCUGUUUCUAGUAUUCUCAAUUGGAGGUCUCUUGAUUCUUCUCCCACUUAGAAGAAGACAAGCCCGAUCAAGGGAAUUACAAGAUAAGGAUAUAUUGGUAAUACCAGGUCAUGAUCAGGAAUUACAAUAUGAAACGAUCAUUGAGGCCACUGAGAAUUUCAACUCUAACUAUUGCAUUGGAGUUGGCGGAUGUGGAGUUGUUUAUAAAGCUGUGCUGCCAUCAGGUCGAGUGUUUGCUGUGAAAAAACUUCAUUCAUUACAGGAGUCUGACAAGUCAAAGAACUUGAAAGCCUUCGAAAGAGAGAUUCAAGUGCUGUUAGAAAUUCGGCAUCGCAAUAUUGUGAAGCUACAUGGUUUUUGUUCACAUUCAAAAGACUCUUUUCUGGUUUACGAGUUCGUGGAAAAGGGUAGCUUGAGAAGCAUUUUAAACAGUGAUGAGGAAGCGGCAGAAUUGGAUUGGAUUAAAAGGCAGAAUAUUGUCAAAGGUGUAGCUAAUGCUUUAUCUUAUAUGCACCAUAACUGCCCUUUUCCGAUCAUUCAUCGAGACAUUUCAAGCAACAAUAUUCUUUUGGAUUCAGAAUACGAACCUCGUAUAUCUGAUUUUGGUACAGCUAUGCUUUUAUUGUCGGACUCUUCCACCAAAGCCUCAUUUGCUGGGACCUUUGGAUACACAGCUCCUGAACUAGCCUACACAACGCAAGUGAAUGAAAAAUGUGAUGUCUAUAGUUUUGGAGUGAUAACACUGGAGUUAGUAAUGGGAACACAUCCAUGCAACCUCAUCUCAUCUCUUUGGUCAUCAAUAUCUUCGUCGUCGUUGUCAUCAUCAGAUGAUCAUGAUAAAUUGUUGAAGGAUGUGAUAGACCAGCGUCUUCUACUUCCUCAAAAUCAAGUUGCAGAGAGGGUAGUCUACAUUACCAUGUUAGCAUUUUCAUGCUUGCAUCUCAAUCCCAAAUCUCGGCCAACAAUGCAACAAAUUUCUUCAAAGUUGACAUCUAAGCAUCCUCUGGUUUCAAAGUCGUUCUCCACAAUAAAAUUAGAAGAACUACUUUCCAACAAUAUUGCCAACAUUUGAAUAAAUUUGUAAGUUUGUAUAGAAUUAUAGAUGUACAGCUUUACUUUGUAUAUUUGCUAGUUGAUCUAUGUACUAGGUUGUCACCCUCCUUUCUGAAAGUUUUGAUUUUUAGUUUGUCUUUUUUAUAUUUUUCUC